AUGACGCCGGCGGAGUCGCGAUUCGUGCGACACGGCGUCCCGUUCGUGGCGCUGGUCGUGAUCGGAUCGUUUGGUCUUCAGAAACUCGUCGCGGGGCGGUUGGAGGCGCGCGACGCGGCGAGGACGGUGGAGGACCCGCGGGCGCCGGCGCGCGCGCAGCGGAGGCGCCGGGCGCGGCGGGCGAUGGACGUCGAGGGCGAGCAUCGACGAUUGAUCGAGGGACGAGAGAGCGAGGCGACGUAUGAGAUGAAACCGGUGUGGAGACCGCCCGGGGUGGAGGGUGGGCACUAG